GCUGACCAACGUAGAACUUUGUGUUGUAAGUUCAACGUACGCACCAGUAUUAAUAUCUUAUUUUAGGUGGUUAAUUUUAGAAGCAGCAGACCAAUACCUUAUCGAACGAAACUCUGCUUAUCCAAAGGGCAACCCGCAUCCAGUUUCUAGAGCCGCACCUUGACUGACAAACCGGCAAGAAAUAUCAACGGAAACCAUGAACCAAGAAGAUCUCUACUGGUUCACGUUCAUUCUCGUGACCUUACUUGGUUUCUACACCUACAAGCUGCUCACCCGUAAUCGCUCGUACUUCCGCGUGCUACGAGUACCUCAUGAAAAGCCUCAUUUCAUGUACGGAAAUCUAAGCGAUGUACUCAGUGGAAAGCUGACAACGAUGGAAAAGCUCGAACAGUAUUAUCAGAAAUUUUCCACCCAUGGAUUUUUUGGAUUCUUUAACUACAUGACGCCGGCUUUGUACGUGCGCGACCCGAAGCUUAUACGACAAGUACUACAGCAGAACAUGGACCACUUUGGGAGUCACGGAUAUUUUUUGGACGAGAAUAAAGAUCGUUUUCUCGGCACUCAGCUGCAUCUCGUGAAGGAUACCGAAAAGGCUACCCAAAUGUCAUACUUCCUGUUACCCCUUUUCAAAUGCUCGACCACACUCGGCGGAAUGAAAGGAAUGAUGCAGAAGAAUUGCUCGGCGUUGGUUAAAUUUAUCUCUUCACGGGCCGAUUUGGAGCUUGAGAUAAAGGCCAUCUGUCUCAAACACCUUCUGAACGUGUUCGCCGGAUGCUCUUUUGGCAAGGAGAUAAACGCGUUCGAAGAUGAUUCCGAUCGUUUCUGUACGAUUGCGAGCGGACUGGCGUACGGCACAAAUCCGGUGCAGGUGCUUAAAACGAUCGCGUUCUAUGUGGCACCGGGUCUGAUGCGUAACAUGAACGUUCAAUUUUCGGAUAGUCAAGAGAUUGAAUAUCUUGUGAAACAAUUCCAAACUGCUGCUUCGGAGGCGAAUAGUCAUUCCAUGCCGCGUGUGCUAAGCAAGGCAAACGAGAAGUUAGCGAAUCCCCAGGAACAGCUCAACGAUGAACAGCUGACGGCGCACUGUGCAACGUUCUUUACGAAAGGAUUCGAGCCGACACUAAACUUACUCUCAUUUGCCAUCUACGAGUUGGCUCAAAAUCAACAAGUUCAAUCAAAGCUCUACGAUGAAAUCAAAAGUAAAGCAUCUUCUGGUGACACAUCCAUCGAUUGCAUUCGGUCACUUCCCUACCUCGAGGCGAUCGUUAAAGAAACCCUACGCAAAUGGCCUCCGCAUCCACUGCUGGUACGCGAGUGUACCAAACCGUUUACCAUCCCAGCCUCGGAGAACGGUGACCGAGCGGCCAUUCCACUGAAGGUAGGCGAUAAGGUGUACGUGUCUGUUUGGGCCCUGCACCGGAACGAAGAGUACUACCCCGAACCGGAACAAUUCCGUCCGGAACGAUGUUUUGGAGGGGACGGAACGAACGCGCCUGCGAACACCUUCAUCCCAUUCGGUAUUGGACGCGGUUGUUUGGGGCAGGAGUUUGUGAAAAUGGUGGUAAUGGCCAGUUUAGUAUCGAUCGUGCAGCGAUUCAAACUGACGCCCGGCGAAAGGACGUCGGAACCGUUGAAAUUGAUCGAAACAGGCUCUUCGGUGGAGGCUAGGGAUGGUUUGUGGAUACGAUUGGAACCGCGGCACAAAUGAUCUUAGCUGUUGUGAACACUAUGUAGCAAUAAAUAGAAUUAAAUUGUAUUUUGAACACUCCGAAAGGGUAUCGCAUAGAACGGCAAUUAAAGUUGAUUUACGAA